AUGACUUUCUCCAAAAUCAUCCUUCCCACCCUCGCCCUGGCGAGCUCCGUCUUGGCACAGGGGAACGGGAGCAGCAACAUCUGCGACGGGCCAUCGAUCACCAUCGUGACCAGCGCCGAUGCCCAACAAAUUGCCAGUUGCGAAACCUAUCAUGGAGACAUUAUCAUCGAUCCCUCUGCCUCGGGACAAAUUGCCAUUGACGGAGUUCAACAGAUCACUGGUGACUUCACCUGCAACAACGCCACUCAAUUGACUGCCAUCACCUCGGACCAGAUCAAUACCAUCCAAGGAACGUGGACCUUGAGCGGCCUCACCAUCCUCUCCACCCUGCAAUUUGACUCCCUCACUGGUGUGAACAAUAUUAAUUGGGUCGGUCUCCCUGCCCUGCAGAGCCUUAAUAUGGCCCAGGGCAUUCAGAGGGCGAACAAUGUCUACAUCUCCAACACCCAAUUGAAUAACAUUAACGGAAUUGAGUUGACAGCGGUUGGAAGCAUAAACAUCAACAACAACCCCUACCUCACCACAGUCAAUGUCAAUGAUUUGUCCAAUGUCACCAACUCGCUGUCCUUCUCCGCCAACGGCCGUGACCUGGCCAUCUCUUUCCCUAACCUCCAGGCUGCUGCCAACUUGACUUUCCGAAACGUCAGCAAGAUUGACAUGCCUUCUCUCUCAAGCGUGGCUGGGUCCAUGGGCUUCUACUCGGACAGCUUCCAGACAUUCUCUGCCCCCAACUUGACCCAGACUGGCGGCACUCUGGCCUUCGUUGACAGCCCCAACUUGGCAAGCUUCUCUUUCCCUUCGCUGACGAUCAUUGGUGGCGGUUUCCUGGUUGCCAACAACACGAACCUGAAGGCGAUUAAUGGUGUGCCUAAGUUGCAGACUAUUGUUGGUGCUCUCGACUUUGCAGGUGUCUUCUCCAGCGUCACCAUGCCCAAACUUCAAGACGUCCGAGGCGGAUCCAAUGUGCAGACUACCUCCACCAACCAGACCAUCUGCCAGCUCUUCGACACAGCUCAUGACAAUGGUGUCAUCAAGGGUGUCAAUACCUGUCUCACCAACAAGGCGAACCCCGAGACCAACCCCACGGCUACGAGCGGCGGUACUUCGUCCACUGCGACUAGCGGCUCUAGCAGCAGCAGCAGCAAUGCCGCUGUCACCUUUGGUCCCGGCGCCCCCGUGACCGGGCUUGGUGCUCUUAUCGCUGCUAUGUUCUUCAUCUAA